CUGAUAGGCCGAUGCCGGUUUGUAACAGAAAGAGGAAGUGCCCUGCGCGUUCUGGUGCUAAUAGUGUUUCAGGGCCGGGCUGCCGGCAGGUCGAUGAGGCUUCCACCAACUGACUGGACUGUGGGGGUUUGUGCAGCUCGAUCCAGGAGCGUGGUCCCCGGAGAGGGAGCCCCCGGCUCGGGCUCGCCGCGCUCCUCCGGCUCCAUGGAGCGGCCGCUGAAGGCCGGCUGGCUGAAGAAGCAGCAGAGGUCUCUGGUGAAGAACUGGCAGCAGCGCUACUUUGUGCUGAAGGGAAGCACCUUAACCUACUUCAAAGAUGACAAGGAGAGCACCGUCCAGGGAGUCAUCCAGCUGCGCUUCGGCAAAGUUACAGAGCUCCCUUCUAACCCGGACGACCCCGGGAAGCACCUAUUUGAGAUUAUACCACGCACAACUGGGGACAGGGAGCGAUGCCCUUAUGUGUUCAUGGCAAACUCCCAAAGUGACCUGGAGGACUGGGUCCGCACGCUGCGCAGAGUCAUCGGGGUACCAGCCAGUGGAGUGUUUGGAAAGAGCCUGGUGGACACGGUGACCGGCGAGCGGCGCUUCGGGCCGCACAUGGUGCCCAUCCUGGUUCAGAAGUGUGUGGAGUUCAUUAAAGAGCACGGGCUGAACGAGGAGGGCAUCUUCCGCCUGCCGGGCCAGGACAACGCCGUCAAACAGUUCAGGGACGCCUUCGACGCCGGCGAGAGGCCCUCAUUCCCCAGUGACACAGAUGUCCACACGGUGGCGUCGCUGCUCAAGCUGUAUCUGCGCGAGCUGCCUGAGCCCGUGGUGCCCUGGACCCAGUACCAAGACUUCCUGGACUGCACCAACCAGAUGGACCCCAGCAGCAAAGAGGGUUGGGAAAUGCUGGAGAAGCAAGUUGCUCUUCUGCCCAGAAUCAACUACAACCUCCUCAGUUACGUUUGCCGGUUCUUGUUCGAGGUGCAGCGUCACUGCAAAGUGAACAAGAUGAACGUAGAGAACUUGGCCACCGUGAUGGGAGUCAACCUGCUCAAGCCCCAGAUAGAGGAUCCCUUCACCAUGAUGAAAGCGACUCCCCAGAUCCAGAAGCUGAUGACGGUGAUGAUCAGGCAGCAUGAGGCUCUGUUCCCUCUCUCCAAGGACGUGAUCCCCUCGUCUACUUCCAGCAAGGCCGAGAGCCAGAAAAACGCUCCCCGGAGGUUUGUGGGCUGGGAGUCAGCAGAGAUGGGAGACGCGUCUCUGUCUGAGUCUCCGGAGGAGGAGGAGGACGUGGACAGCCCUCUUCUGGUCAGGGGGGACAGCGGCCCAAAGGCAGCCCCGCAGGAGCCCGCCUCCCCCUCUCCGGACGAGUGGCCGGACAGCCCCCGCAAGCGCACGCAGACCCUGCCCACCUUCAACUGCCCCCUCACCGGGAUGGCCGCCAAGGCCGAGGCCCUCAACAGGUGGAGCCGCAUCCAGGAGGGCGCGGAGGAGAAGAGCGGGACUUUGUCCGAGGACAUCUUCAAAAUCCUCGACCUGCGGAGCUCGGGCUCCUUUUUCGGCGGCUCCCAGACCAGCAACAAGGUGUCUGAGGAGAGAGUCAAAGCCCAGAAGGGGAGCGAUAACGCCGGCUCUUCUCCUGUUUUGUCACAAAAACCCGCGAGUGGCCCCCAACCCCAGCGGGUGGCGAGCGUGCCCAGACCUUCCCUGGUCCACCAGAAGAGUGUGGACGGCCUGAUGGUGACCAACCCGGUGCACAAAGCCGCCAGCAGGCCGGAACAGAAAGAAGAGCCCAAGAGCCCCGCGGACAGCCCGCAGCUGGAGAGCAAGGAGCUGAGGGCCAGAGUGGCAGAGCUCCAGGCCGCUCUGGAGGCAGAGCGCCACCGCGUGGCCGCUCUGGAGAUGAGCCUGAAGGAGGCCGAGCGCAGCCGGGACGAGGCCCAGAAACGCAACGAGGAGCUGCAAAGAGACGUUCAGCGGCUCCUCACAAGAGACAAACAAGCUCCCACCUAA